AUGACCGAAUUUCUCAUUGAAGACAAAGACUUGGUCGGGCUCAAGGGCAAGGUGGCCAUCGUGACAGGAGGUUCAUCAGGCAUUGGCCUCGCUGCAGUCAACACGCUUCUUUCACAGGGUGCUUCCGUCAUUAACGCAGAUAUUCAGCCGCCAGCGGAGCAACCCGAAAACUUUUACACGUUUGUGAAGACCGAUGUCACCGUCUGGGCUGAACAGAUCGCACUCUUCAAGAAGGCAAAAGAUAUCUAUGGACGUAUCGAUCAUGUCUUUGCGAACGCUGGCCUCGGUCCCCGCGCCAACUAUCUGUCUACGGAAGUAGAUGAGAAUGGCGAUCUGAAGGAACCCACUCACCAGCUUCUGGAUGUCAGUCUCACAGGUGUAAUGCACACGGCUACGAUCGCGAUAUACUACAUGCGGCAACAGGCCGAGGGUGGCAGCAUUGUCAUCAACGGUUCUACCACCGGUCUCCAACGGCUUCGUGCCGUGGACUACUCCACGGCCAAGCAUGCGGUCCUCGGAUUCGGACGUGGUCUGAUCCCGCUCAUCGCAUCCGCCAAUUUGCCCAUCAGAGUCAACACCUUGGCGCCAACGUGGGCGGAUAGCAGCGUACUGCCGGACUUGAAAGGCCUUAUGGCCAAGAUUGGAGUCGAAAUACAGACCGCAGAAGCGGUUGCCCGCGGCGCAGCGUAUCUGAUGGUCGAUACAUCCCGGAACGGGAAUGUGAUUCACGUGCAGCUUGGAAAGUACAAGGAGAUUGACGAGGCCGUCCUGCUCCCGGCUUUUGAGUCUAUCAAGGGUCCUGAUUAUCCUGGUGAGGACGAGGUUCUGCGCCGCCUGCAGGAACUCAUGAUGGCCGCGUGA